UGGUCUGAAGAGGUGGAGCAUAGAGUCACCAAAACGUUCCCAGGAUUAAAAAUGUUGUGUCGGCUUGCAUUCGCUUUGUUGUGAAUACUGAGGAAUAAUUUAAUUGAUGUAUUUAAGAUGGUUGAAGAAAUUAUGAAAAUAAAUUAUUUCUUUACGUGGCAGACUCAGAACAAAAGCAAUUAUGACUCCUCCGGUUGAUGGGGACACAAUAUUGGACAUAGAGUCGGAGCCAGUGGUAGUAGAGUUUGUUCACACAAACGAAAAUAGGUUAAAAAAACAUUGCCUGUACUGCGAGUGAAAAAGCUCGGUGCCCGAGGUUUAGCUCUUACUGUGAGGAAGUCCGCCGCUGCAAGGUGACAGUGACAAUCGACGAACCCACUCAUCUUACCCGGAGUAGAAAAACUAACGCACUUCCGUUUUUGUUGUCGCUCCUUACGCUGAGCACUUUGGGCAGUCUUUCCCUGAUGCCCGUGCUUUUUAUUCUGAUGAGUUUUGGAGAAAACCAUUGGAUUAAAUUUUCACAAAAAAAAUAGCUGUCUGACUGGGAUUGUGCAUUCUGUACGCGAUUUGAGACUGGUUGAAUAAUGAAUCAGCCGGCCGGAACUGUUAUGAGAGGUUGUGUUUCAGACGGGAUGCAAGCGUGAGCGGGUAGAGGCGGGAAAGUGAGCUCGCGAGCCGGCGGUUUGAGGACUUGAACAACCCAACGGGGUGGCCCGGAGGAUGGAGGCCCGGGUCGGCCGCGUGCGUUGCUCCUCGAAGCGCGCGGUUUUGGCCGCGCUCGAGCGUCUGACCGAGCCGCUACGGAAACGACUGAAAGACCUCCCGCAGGAUGCCCAACAAAUAUUUGAGACUGCUGUUCAGGAGAAUAUCCUUGUCAAUGGCCUAUUAUGGCAAGAAGUCUCAGAAGAAGAUGAGCUCAAAUAUGGUAGCGACGUAAGGGCUUUGGAUGAUGAUUUGGAUGAAUGCAUUAAAGAGACGGCCUCAAAACGUAAGCAGUUUCCAAGGAAGAUUGUUGGACACCUUGCUAGGACCAUGAAAGCAGAAAGGGAAUUACUAAAGCUAUAUCAGCCUGCGGUAAUGACCCAAUUAAAAACAGAAGUUCAUCCAGAACAAGUAUCCAAGGAGAAGGAGUUGGUGAAAAUUGCAUCAAAUAUUUCUCGAGAUAUGAGUGACAUUAUGAAGCAUUUACCAACAUUUAUGGAGAAAGCUGAAGGACUUUUGCAAACUCUAACUCUUGUUCCCAUUAUGAAGCAAUCCCAGACAAACAAAGCAAUAUUCUCAACCCCCACAGAGAUGUGUUUCCAAAAUAGCAAUGAACAAACUCUGCUGCUUGGAAAAUCUGAUGUCACUCCCAUAGAAACUGAAAGAAAAUUGAAGAGUCGUAAGUCACACAAAAGUAAAGUACAUUCUUCCAUUAAUCGAAGAUAUCCAAAGCGAAGACUGCAUCUUGGUCAGUAAUCCUGCAAAAUAUUUAGUGGCAACAGAUAGCUUGUACGUUAAUAGCAUGGGUUUUUUUUUUAGUAUUUUUAGCCAGGUUUGGCGUAAAGUUCGAUCGUUGGCAUCUCAGUUUGGAACUGCUUAGAGUACAGUCCACAAAGGUAUUUAUCCAAAAUUGUUUAUUCAUAUAAGAAUGUAUACUAAUAAUGUCCAGCCCUGAGGAAAAGUCUUAACGCGAGAAAAUUAAUUAGAUUUGAGAAUUGUUUGAAUAGAUGAAACCUAAAACACAUUUGUCACCUAAUUUGCAAGAGAGUUAAUCUUGUUCAGAUUUUUGUAUUUCAGAAUCUGACUCAAUAUUGUUUAAUGUUAGAGUUCCAUUCCUGUUUUAGGACUAAAACCCCCAGAAAAGAUUUUUAAAAUUAUGUAUAAAUAGCUUGAUUUUUUUUUGUAAUCGUUACUUUUUUCUCUGCUUUCAUUUAAUUUACUUUGUAUUGAAAUACUAGAUAUGUUCAUUUAAGAGCAGUCUAUAAUUGUGACUGUCAGUUACUUCACAUCUAACAAAUAAUGACUCCAUUAAAAAGAACUUGUAUAAACAUUGCAUGGAAAAUGAAAUGGAAAUGAAUUUGUUAUAUAAAUGGGCAGUGAAAUGUGAAUAGUUGAUUGGCCACUUCUAAUUAUCUUGUGUAAGAUAAGUUUUUUUUUAAAAGUGUGGAAUAACACAUACCUACUGGUUCUUUGAAAAUUGUAAACUUCAAAUUGUAAAUAUCCAAUGUCUAUCUUUGAAUGUUU